AUGAAGCCAUACGCAGGCUUGCUCGCCCCUGCAGCGACGGCCCUCUUCGCCUUCUGUACUCUUUGUUCUGCGCAGAGUUCCAUCGGGAACAAUCGUACCCAUUUUCCCACAUACUUCCAUCCCGAGAAGUUGUCCGAAAGUCGUUGCCCAGCCCCGUGCGGCGAUGUAGGGCCGACAAGCUUCUCCUGGCCUCGCAUCUUCUCCAUUGCCGAGCUCGACAAGUGUGAUGGCACAGUCGUUUUUGAAGCCAUGGUCCGCUUUCCCAUCGAGUCACCGGACAGGCAGACCGUCCUCAAGGCCUGUACGGCAUCCACUGCCGACAUGCGCCUCGACUCGGCCGGCUACGGCGAACCUGCUCUUAGUGGAGCUGAUGUCGUGGAGUCCAACGUCGAUAUCGAUGUUGGCUGGAACAGCCGUGCGGCAUUUUCACCACAGUCUGCAACCCAGGUCGCCGAUGCUGCACUCAAGCUCCAGAGCCAGGUCGCCCGGGACCCCAACAACAGGCUGAGAGCUACUUUUGCCAAGUCAAGCAAGUCAGUUGUCGGACUCUAUGUCGGAGGCGAGAUUCACAGGUCGUCUACCAUCUCUCUCAUUGGGGACUUUGUCGAUCGCAUCAAGCGUGGCGAAGCAGCAGGGACCCGUCAGGUCACCCAGAUCUGCGGACCUACAGGCACUCGAUCGUCUGCACAUGUGUUCGGGAUAGUGUCAGACACGGAAGGGGACCUGACCGCCGUACAUGACAUGAUCCGAGGCUGGGCUGAUGGCGAGUGCGUCACUGGUCUUCACGAGAGCUUCGUUCUGGGGAAUCAGACGCUCAGCCUGGUCUCAGCCGUCCCACUCACAGCUGAAUCCACUGUUGGCGGAGUGUCCAACUCGUCGGCGAGCAGCAACAGCUCUAUAGCCACGAGCAGACACCACCGGCGCUUUCAUGAUGAUGACUUCGAAUGCAAGUACACCAUCAUCGAGCCUAACGACCUCUGCGGGGCGAUUGCAUCUCGGUGUAACAUCCCCGUCAAGAAGCUGGUUGAAUGGAAUGGCGGUGACGACAAGAUCUGCAACAAUCUUAUACCAAAAGAGCCGAUUUGUUGUUCUCUAGGGAAAAAGCCCGACCUGCGCCCACAGCCCCAAGAGAACGGAGACUGUGCUGUCUACGAAAUCCAGCCCGAAGACGGCUGCUGGUUGAUCGCCGACAGAUUCCACCUCACACAGGAGGAGAUUCAUAAACUCAAUGUCGGCAAAACCUGGGGCUGGUCUGGCUGCGGCAGACUGUUUCGUGAUCAAAAGAUUUGCGUCAGCACUGGCAAUCCUCCCAUGCCUACGCAGAUCGAGGACGUCACCUGCGGUCCACAGGUCAAGGGCACCGUCAGGCCAGCAGACGGAACAGCCAUGACCGAUCUAAACCCGUGUCCUCUCAACGUGUGCUGCUCAGGAUGGGGCUACUGUGGACUGACUGAAGAGUUCUGUAUCGAUACUAGUAUCGACGAUACUCCCGGCACAGCUAGACCUAACACGAAUGGGUGUCUCUCAAAUUGCGGCAAGAUCGAGAUCACCAAUAACGAUAGGCCCCCCGCGACCUUCAUCCGCGUGGGUUACUUUGAAGGGUGGAACGGGGAGCGUCCGUGUCUUACUAUGGACGCGACCGAUAUCAGCGACACCAUCACGCACAUUCAUUUCGCAUUCGGCGAUAUCAGCGAGAAUUACGUGCCUAGCAUAGCCCCUGAUGUCCUGGACCAGUGGCAGAAGUUCCUCACGAUUACCGGCAAGAAAAAAAUCAUCUCGUUCGGAGGAUGGGCAUUUUCGAACGAGCCAGGAACGUCGCACAUUAUACGCCAAGGCGUCAAACCAGCGAACCGCCAAACCCUUGCCAAUAACAUCAUCAAAUUCGUCCUCGAUAACGACCUGGACGGUGUCGACUUUGACUGGGAAUAUCCCGGUGCAUAUGACAUUGACGGAUCCGACAUGGGAACAGCCGAGGAUGGAGCAAACUACUUGAAGUUCCUGACGCUCGUUCGCAAUGGCUUGCCCAAGAGCUCCCUCGCUAUAGCGGCCCCGGCAUCGUAUUGGUAUCUCCGCCACUUCUUGAUAGCCGAAACCGCCAAGGUCCUCGACUACAUUGUGUACAUGACCUACGACUUCCAUGGCCAAUGGGAUGUAGGCAACAAGUGGACGAGCCCAGGCUGCGACAAUGGAGACUGCUUGAGAUCGCACGUCAACAUUACCGAGACCAUGGACGCGCUGGCCAUGAUCACCCGCGCUGGCGUUCCCGCCAACAAGGUCCUCGUAGGUAUCACAAGCUACGGACGAAGCUUCAAGAUGGCAGACCCCAACUGCUCGAGUCCAAGUUGCAAGUACUUGGGAACUCGACUUGACUCGCCGGCGAAGAAGGGCAAGUGCACAAACACGGGCGGCUAUCUUGCUAAUGGCGAAAUUGACGCUAUCAAGAGCGGCUCGGCCCCGUUCCGAGAACUCUACGACGGCGGAUCCGACUCCGACAUUCUGAUCUACGACGGCGUCGAAUACGUCGGAUACAUGACCGAUAAGACAAAGCAGCGCCGGAUCAACCUAUAUAAGAGCCUCAACUUCGGAGGCGCCACCGACUGGGCAGUGGACUUA